CAGCGGCUCGUUGGGCUCGGUUCUGUCUCGUCAGGCGCAGGAUGAGCUCAGCAGCAGAAGACGCCGCUGCUCCGUUAGAAACGGUCAAAUCCGUCACGUUAACUCGAGACGCUGAUGGAAGCAUCGUCCUGCACUGUCCUCCAAACGACGACGACUCGGAGCCUCUCCAGAAGAAGCUGCGUGUUUGUGCGGAGGAAACCUCCGGGACGCCUCACUUCUCCGUCCUCACUCUGCCCGCGUCGGAGAGCGACGAGAGCUUCGAGGUGACGAUGACGGCCACGGCAGAAGGAGAUCUGUCCGAUGACGGCGUCGCUCAGAUCGAGAUUCUUCCUGAGGAUGAGGAGCAGCAGACCGAGGUGUCUCCGGUCAGCCAGGCCUGGUUCACCACCAAAGAGGACAAAGACACGUUGACGAACAAAGGUCACAAGUGGAAACAGGGCAUGUGGUCGAAGGAGGAGAUCGACAUCCUGAUGAGCAACAUCGACCGCUACGUGAAGGGCCGCGGGAUCCAGGACCCAGCAGAGAUCAUCUUCGAGAUGUCCAAGGAGGACAGGAAGGACUUCUACCGCUCGGUGGCGUUGGGGCUCAACCGGCCGCUGUUCGCCGUCUACAGGCGAGUUCUGCGGAUGUACGACAACCGGAACCACGUCGGAAAGUACACUCCUGAGGAGAUCGAGAAGCUAAGGACGCUGAGAGAGAAACACGGGAACGACUGGGCGACGAUCGGCGCGGCUCUCGGCCGCAGCGCCUCUUCGGUCAAAGAUCGCUGUCGGCUGAUGAAGGACACCUGUAACACAGGUAAAUGGAGCGAGGAGGAGGAGAAACGCCUCGCGGAGGUCGUGUACGAGAUGGCAGGCGUGUCGCCGGGGUCGGCGGUCACAGGAGGGGUUUCCUGGGCGACGGUCGCCGACAGGGUCCGCACGCGCUCAGAGAAACAGUGUCGUUCAAAAUGGCUGAACUACCUGAACUGGAAACACAGCGGAGGAGCCGAGUGGACGAAGGAGGACGACCUGAACCUCCUGCGCAGGAUAUCUGCGCUGAAGGUGGAGGACGAGAACGAGAUCAAGUGGGAGGACCUGGCGUGGGGGUGGAGCAGCGUCCGCUCGCCUCAGUGGCUUCGAUCCAAGUGGUGGAGCAUCAAGAGACAAGUCUCCAACCACAAGGAGAUCCCGUUCAGCGUCCUCCUGAAAGGUCUCGAGGAGCUGAUGACGUCCUCCCAGACGGCGUCUGUACCUGGGAGUCCCUCUUCCUCGCUGCAGAUCCGACUCACCCGAUUGGACGAGAGCGGCAGCGGCGGAAGCCCCGCCCCCAGCUCAGUGGCGGCGCUGCAGAUCCCCGUGCAGAUCCCGCUGCAGAUCACACACCUCGCUUCAGAUUCUGCGGCGGCCGGAGACGGAGACACCAUCACUCUGAACGCGGGGGCCCUGCAGACCUUCGAGAUCCUGCCCGCGUUCCACCUGCAGCCCACCAGCACCCCGGGGACCUACUACCUCCAGACGACGUCCAACCAGAGCCUUCCUCUCAGUUUAUCCAAUAACAGCACUGUCACCCUGACGACAGGCUCCUCCCCCUCGUCACAUGAGCACAUCAUCCUCCACAGCCUGUCGACCGACAGCCUCUGCUCCAGCGACGGCGUCAUCAUCCAGACAGUCUCUUCUGACCCCGCCUCCUCGGAGCCGCGGCUGGUCGUGGAGGCUGAGGGGCGGAGCCAGGACGACCAGCUGGAUGCAGCGAGCCUGCUGGAGGGUUCGGCCACGGUUAUCACGGAAACCCAGGAGUCGGUAACGGAGACGUUCACUAGCAAGGGUCCGACCUCAGUCCAACAUGCAGCAGUGCAUUCUGGGAUACCAUCGGGCAGCACGGUGCUCAUCGUGUCUCCUCCCAACAUCAGCAGCACCCUGACAGAUCCCAUCUUGGAGAACCAGGACGGUUCUGACUGA